UCUUCUCUCUGCAAAUAGAUGGACUUCAGAUUUUGUAAAUCAGUCAGUACCAUCUAAAAGAGUACUCACAAAUUCCCUCUCCCCACCUCAGCCAUCUCCUUUUCAUUAUCAGAAAAGCUGCUGCACUUACACUUACGAUUGCAUCCCUUUUAGCUUUUCUUCCUAGGCUCUGCUCCCCUUCAGCCUAAAAGUCUCCCUUUGAUCUGCAGUACCCUCAAUGUCCUAUUUUAUCUGUGCCUUCCCUUCAUGACCUUUGCUUCUAAAAACCCCUUGCAGUCAGAUAUUUUGCCCUCAUUAUAUUCCUGAGCUGUUGUCAGAGGUCUCCAGAAACUUCUUAUUCACCACAAUUGAGCGUGUUUGCAAUGGGCCUCAUUCCUGUGUUUCUCUGUAGCAUUUUAUACCAUCUUUGCCUCCUCCCAAGUUCUUGCCUGCCUUCCUUUCUCUUGCCCUCAAGUGGCAGUGUUUUCUGAUGUCUCCUGUUUUCUCUUACUGUGUCUUUUCUGUGUUUUCCAAUGAUUCAUUCUUAGCUUUUUUUCCCACUCAUUUCGCUCUAUAGUCCCAUCCAUUCUUUGUGACUUUAUCAUUUCAGAGGCCUCUUCUCUCUCCAACCCUUCCCUCUCUAGAUCCCCAAUCCUGUAUAUUGCUUUCAAUGAUCACUAAACAUUUCUGUGUAAGUGUCCGGGGGAUAGACAUCUCAAACUCGCUACGUCCAAAAUAGAACUUCUGUCUACCAAGCCAGUUUCUGUGCCUCUUUUCUGGCAUUUUGGGACCCUACCUUUAUAGCAACACCUAGCACAGGGCAGUUUCUCUGCAAAUAUGAGUUGAAGGAAUGAAUGGAUUCUUCCAUAUGAGUAGGUUGGAAUUCUGAGACUCACCUUUGACUUUAUCUCUGUAGCUGAUCAUACCCAUCUGCUACCAAGUCACGUGAGUUCUACAUCUGGUGUAUUUCUUGCAGCUCCUCCUUCAUUCCCACUGUCAUUACUUGAAUAUUGCAGUAGCCCCCUUGUUGGUCUUUCUCCAUACCUUUCCCUUGCUGAUCUUCUUAAUAUAUUGCUGCUAUAGUAAUCUUGAAUCACAGCCCUAUGAUCUGGGGUUGGUGGUGAUGAUGAUAACUUGUAUUUAUUGAACAAGUUAUCCCCCACUGUUCUAAGUGCUUUUGUGUACAUUAUCUUAUUAACUCCAUAGGACAACCCAUAAAGUAGUUACUUGAUAAAUGAAGAAACUGAGACCCAGAGAGUUAAGUAUCUUGUUAAGAUCACACAGCUAGUAAGUGGUAGAGCUGGAAUUUAAAUCCAGAGUCUGAGCUAUAACUACUAUUGCUAUUCUCCCUCCCAUAAAAUAAGUAAUUAUCAUGCUGUUCUUACUGAAACGUCUUACAUAGUUCUCAAUUCUGAACAGAACUAGAGGAACUUCUAGUCUUACAUUCAGUACCCUCUGUGAGCUAACCCCAUCUCAUUAUUUCCUUCUUCUUUUGUUUUUAUUCCAUGCCAAACUGGAUAGUUCUAUUACCUAUAUAUUUAUACUCCUCCCUAUACUUUUACUCAUUCUAUUUUUUCUGCCUGGAAGCUGUGCUCAUUUUCUGCCUUUUCAUCUAAGUCCGUGCAAAUGCCUUUUUUUCCGCUGGGUCACCUGUUAUUUAUUUCCCCCUCAGUGUGUUCUCUGAACUGCUUUUAUGGCACUUAUCACUUUUGACUUCAUAUUGUAAUUACUAUGUUUUAUCUCCCCUAUUAGCCUGUAAUCUUCUUGAGUGCAGGACCUGUGUCUGAUUUUUUUUUCCUAUCCCUGUGCUUUGCACAAUGCAUGCUUUCAAGUAUUUUUUCUUUAUUAAAUUUCUCUCAAAAAUGUUGAAUAAGUGAAGAAUCACUGUUACUCAUAGACCAUUAACCACGAGAUUCUUAUAUGUACAACUUCUUUAGUCUGCCGUUUCUCAUUUCUAUAAGGCUCAAUGAUUCAUUAUACUAAUGGAUUACUACAUAUAGGAAGAACUGGAGAAAAUGUUCAUGAUCUGAGGGAUGGUUGGUUGGUUGUUUUUUGAGACAAUUUGUAAGGCUAAUUUAAGGUACUUCCAUUUGAGCUAUUUCACUGAUUCUAAGAUACUUUUUUUAUAUACUGAAAUUUCUGUUAGAGUUUUAUUUUGUAUUUUUAAUCUCCCUGUAAAUUGAUGGUGUUAGAAUUCAGAGAGUGUGGUAAAUACAGUAAGUAGUGAUCUCUUAGUUAAAUGGCCUCUUGGAACAAUACCCACAAUUUGGGUUUUUGUUUAUAUUCUUAGAACAUGGGAUCAAUUCUCUGUAGAUUUUGUUCUUAUUAUUCUUAUUUUAGUGCUGCUUGAAAGCUGCUAAAGGGGGAUGGUAAGGGUCAGAGUUUUGUUUUAAUUGGAGGAGGGUGGGGAAGCUAUUAUGUUUGAAUAUAUAGGGUUCUUAAAAGUAAUGAAUGAAUGUAGAGUUUUAAAAGAAGACAAGUUGCAAGAUUCCUAAAGUAUAAUAUUAAUUAUAUAAAGUUGUUAAACAUGCAGAAGGAUACUAUACUUUGUUUAGGGAUAUAUGCAUAUGCAGAAAGAAUGUGAUGAUGUACAAGGGAAUCAUAAAACCAAAUUCAGGAUGGUGGUUGUCUUUGGAGGCAGGGUGAGUGGGAGGACAGAAUGAGGGAGACAGGCCAAGGGGUUUCCACUAUGUUUGUAAUAUUGACUUUCUGUGCUGAAUAGUGGUUGGGUGGGUGGGGGUUUGUUACAUUGUUCUCUGUACCUAUGUGUCUGAAAUAUUUCAUAAUUUUAAAAAUGAAGAGGGAAAAGGGGGUAUAUGUAGGUAUGUAUUUAUGAUAUUAAACUUCAAUAAAAAGGUUUUAAAAGUUCAAACAGUAUAGUUCCCCAUUCGCCCUUGACCACCUACUCCCCAGCUGUCCUCCCAGAAGUGAACAUUUUAGUGGUUUCUUUGAAUCUUUCCAGAGGUAUGUACAUAAACAAUUCCUCCCCCACCUUUUAAAAAAAAUAACUGUUCCUUUUACAUAAAUAAUAGUCUUCUCUAUACAAUUUCACACUUUGCUUUUUUCUCUUAAUAAUAUAUCUUGGAGAUGAGGAACAAUCAGUACAUCAAAUAUGCAGGUUUUAAUAAAAAAUAGAUUUAGCAUUUUUAUCAGUAAUAAUUACUAUUAUCUUCACCAACUAUAUUCUAGACUUCACCCACUAAUAAGCAUGAUGUUUUGAUGUCUCACAUUUGCUUAGCCAGCAGGAAACCCAGAUUUCUCCUUGAUUCCAAAUAUUCCUGAGGCUUCCCAGAGGUGCCUUUAUCUGUAACCUGACUGUUCUGUAGCUUCUUCCAGUUUGUGGGUGCUAUGUAAGGUCAUGUUCCCUCUGGGAGUUGGGGAGGGAAGAAAUUUGGGUCUGGAGCCAGAGUGCACGGGUUUGAAUCCCCUGCUCUGCGGUGUCACCUUGGGUAAAUUACUUAUCUGUGCUGAUUGAGUUUCUUCAUCUGUAAAAUGCAUUUAAUAUUCUCUUUCAAGUAGGAUUGUAUUGAGAGUUAAAUGAGUGAACAGUGCCUGGUACAUCCCAAGCCAAACUCACUGCCAUCAAGUGGAUUCUGACUCAUAGUGACCCGUAGGACAGAGUAGAGCUGCCUCACAGGGUUUCCAAGGCUGUGAUCUUUAUGGAAGCAGACUACCACGUCUUUUUCCUGUGGAGCGGCUGGUGGGUUCGAACCGCUGACCUUUCCAGUUAGCAGCUGAGCACUUAAGCACUGGGUCACCAGGGCUCCUUGCCUGAUACAUAUUAAGCACUAUAAAGUAUUAGUAUAGCUAUUUUUAUUAUGUAAUGGAUCACUCAGCUGUCUGCUGCUCAAGCUACUGCCCAUCUCCAGACAGCUGAUCUCCUUAGACUUUGGUCUCUCUGGCAAGUAAGGAAGCCUCGCUGUCUUUUCAGGAUCUGCUCUUUCAUAGGAGGUUCUCCCAGCCACCCCGCAAUGCCCUUUAUACCACAGCCACCUUCUCCUUCAAGCACCAGGGCUCUCUGCACAGUUAGGGUGGGGAAGGUGGGGAAGUACAGCCUCCUACCUGCCUGGAAUCAUGGCACUCUUCAAUGUCCAGGCCUUGCUGCUCCAUUGGCGGCUCAACCAGAAUUCUUCUGCACGUUCUUGCCUAUGCAUGACCUUCCCCCCUCCCCGAAACCCAGUUGUCCCAUCCUGCAUUCAGCUUACUUUGGAGACCUCCAUGUUUGUACGUGUCUGAAGCUAGUUAAGAUCAGGACUCAGGUUCUUUUCCAUAAGGCUCCUGAGCCCCCAUGUAAAUCAGGGGCGUUGGCUUGGCAUCUAUUUUAAGGGUUCCUGAACUUACUGUGACUGCUAAGUUCCCCAAACAUUCUGUGAUAGUUUGCAGGCCAGGGCCCCUCCCAUGAGCACACAGGAUCCCUAGGGAGUAGUGACAGCUGUAGCCCAGCCAGGGCACCCUGUUACAUUGUUAACAUUUAUAGCUAACAUUUGAAUUGUAGUUUGCAAGUUUACAAUGUGCUUUUCACAGCCACAAUGGACACUGCUAGCCAUAGCCUUGUCCUUCUGCAGCAACUGAACAUGCAGCGAGAAUUUGGUUUUCUGUGUGAUUGCACCGUUGCCAUUGGAGAUGUUUACUUCAAAGCCCACAGAGCAGUGCUGGCUGCUUUUUCUAACUAUUUCAAGAUGAUAUUUAUUCACCAAACAAGUGAAUGCAUAAAAAUACAACCAACUGACAUCCAACCCGACAUAUUCAGCUAUUUGUUGCACAUUAUGUAUACGGGGAAAGGGCCAAAACAGAUUGUGGAUCAUAGUCGUUUGGAGGAAGGGAUUCGAUUUCUUCACGCUGACUACCUCUCUCAUAUCGCGACUGAGAUGAAUCAGGUAUUCUCACCAGAGACUGUACAGUCCUCAAAUCUGUAUGGCAUUCAGAUCUCAACGACCCAAAAAACAGCUGUCAAACAUGGGCUGGAGGUCAAAGAAGCUCCUCCCAGUAACAGUGGAAACAGAGCUGCUGCCCAGAGUGACCACCCCCAGUUGCAGCUCUCUCUUGCAAUUGGGCUGGACGAUGGCACUGCAGACCAGCAGAGGGCCCAUCCUGCGGCCCAGGCCUUGGAGGAGCACCAGAAGCCCCCAGUGUCUGUCAAGCAGGAGAGAUGUGACCCAGAAUCUGUGAUCUCCCAGAGUCACACCUCACCCUCUUCAGAGGUGACAGGCCCCACUUUCACCGAAAGCAGUAUCAAAAUACACUUAUGCCAUUAUUGUGGGGAACGUUUUGAUUCCCGUAAUAACCUCAGGCAACACCUCCAUACACACGUGUCUGGAUCCCUCCCAUUUGGUGUCCCAGCCUCCAUUCUGGAAAGUAAUGACCUUGGUGAAGUACAUCCCCUCAGUGAAAAUAGCGAGGUUCCUGAAUGCCCCAGGCUCAGCUCCUUCAUUGUCAAGGAGAAUGAACAGCAGCCUGACCACUCAAACCGAGGCACCACAGAGCCUUUGCAGAUCAGUCAAGUGUCUUUGAUCUCCAAAGACACGGAGCCAGUAGAAUUAAACUGUAAUUUUUCUUUUUCAAGGAAAAGAAAAAUCAGCUGUACCAUCUGUGGUCAUAAAUUUCUCCGAAAGAGCCAAUUGCUGGAACACAUGUAUACACACAAAGGUAAAUCUUACAGAUACAACCAGUGCCAAAGGUUUGGUAAUGCACUGGCCCAGAGAUUUCAGCCAUGUUGCGACAGCUGGUCUGAUGUCCCCGUGAAAAGCUCUCGCUUGUCGCAAGACCACUUAGACUCGUCUUGUGCCUUACAGCCGGAGCUCACACAAGAAAAUGUGGAUACUAUCCUAGUUGAAUAGCAGCUUCUUCAGAAUUUUUAUACCAGUUCUGAAAAAGCAAAUUCACAUGGCAUUUUUUAAUUCAUAAAUUAUUUUCCUCAAGUUCUAUUGACUUUUUUUUCUUUUGUACCAUUUACCCGUAGUUUUAAAAUUGUAUAUAUUAGAUCUUAUUAUGACAUAUUAAUACAUGGUUAUUAAAAUGUAAUCUUCAGUUAGGGCUGCAAACUUUCCAUAAGUUAAAUCACAAUUUAGAAAUGACUGUAGAAAUAUGAAAACUUUAGAGUGAAUAAUUAUAGAAUUUCUACAGUAUUCUGGAUUAUAGAGCCAGUAAAAUCAAACAAUAUAUAAGUAAAUGAAAUCUGUUUUAAAGAAUAUUCCAGAUGACCACUUUUGACUAUUUCACAUGAAUUAAGCCCCUAUAAAGGAUUAUUUCAAAAUAUUUUCUGCCAUUAAGGAAAUUAAUAGUUAUUUUAAUGCAUACCAAGUCAUGCAUAACUUUAAGAUUACCUUUUACUUACUAGCUCUGUAACAUACGACAUUUCUCAGCAUUGCGCAUACCUCAUUUUUAAUGAAAAAAUAAAGGGAAAAGGGUCAGAGAGACAUAAAAAAUUUAGAGAGAGAACAGUAGGCUACACUGGCACAGAGAAGCACACAGAGAGGAAGGUUCACAUAGACCUGCACUGACUGACACCCCAGCCUUGUCACCUUAGAGUGUUUUCUUAAAGACCUUAAAGCAGUUUGAGAUUUUUACCACCACAGGUUUAUAUGAGUUUAAAGAGGAUAAUGAUACAAUACAAAUCAUCUUUCUACCCUCAGUGUCAGAGGAUUUUCAAGGUAGCCUGGGUUGAUGUUAAUUUUCUAAAAAUGGCUUGAAGAAAUAAGUUUUCACUUUUUUCGGGCUCUCAAGCCAGCAGAUUGGACACAUUCAGUGUUCUAGAACCAUGUUUAAAACCAUCAUUAUAGAUUUCCCUCUGUGAGUAAACUUAACUCCCUUUUAUAAUGGUGGAACUUACAGAGCUAAAGAAGAAAAGCUAAAGUUGAUGGAAUGAUAAAUUAUCUUUCUCUUUUCUUCCGGGAAAUAGCUGGUCUAACUCCACCACAAAGAAUGGAUCUAAAUUGUUCCUGAAAUUUUUUAAUUUCAAAUACUAGGCACAGCCGACAAAAGACAGGCUCCAAAAUAACCUCAUCUUUUUUGUAUCUUGCCCUGCUGUUAAAUUCUAAGUCUCACAAAUAUUUUAAUAAAUCUAAUAAAUUGGUCUGUGAGGUUUAGAAUUUAACCACUUGUAAAAACUCUUGGUGUGCACUCCUGACUGAACGCUUCUGAGGACGCUUCCUGACAUACUCAACAGCAUCAGUGUUCAGUCAGGAGUGCACUCAAAGAGCAGCACAGCUAGUUCUAGGGAUGCAAAGGUUUUCUCUGGGUAAACAGUGAGUUUUGGUGAAUUACAGAGUGAUGUGAGGGGAACUUUGGAGAGCAGGUUAGCAGUUGAGUUUCUGCCUUAAAAAAAGUGAGCAAAGCCUUCUAGGGUGGAGAUUGAUGUGUGUGGAGAGCAAAAACAGCUAGCUGGGGAUAUAGGAUCAGAUUUGUUGAGGUGGUUAAAACAAAUGUGUCAGAACUUCAUCCAGCCUUAAGCUUUUUUCUACCAAAUCAUUGAAGCAAUUAUUCAAACUCAUACUGCCCUCGAAGAUUUCAUCUCAUAUGUGUCUGUGCCACACUUGAUUACUUAGGAGAUCGUACUCCAGAUGCAGUUGACAUUAACUGUCACCAACGCCUCUGUUUUGUGCCAAAGUGAUUUUGUCGGAUUAGAUUAAAUAUCAGCUCAAAGUACCUUAAAAGAAACUUGGAUUACAAAAAUGUAUACAAUAAAAAAGGCCCAGUAAAGAAAUCUUCAAAAUACAGGUACACAAAUAUUAACACUGAUGUCAUGUAUCUUAGGCUAUUCAGGAUAAACUCACUAGCCACCUUCAAGUAAAAUUUUAUUGUUCUCAUUCAGAUAACAAUUUUCCUGGUUUUCCUCUUAGAUAUUUUUUCCUACUUGCCCAGUCAUUAGUCCUUGACAUGGGAAAUGUGUAGCUAAUGGGUGGGAAUUAGGGACGUAUAAAGGUUGGGGGGUACAGCAGCAAUUCAGGGCAGAGUCUAGAGAAAUGGUAAGAUUUGCUGUGGCCACUUGGCCAUGAUGAAAACUAAUUUCAAGCAAUAGUAUAUCUAUGUGUGUUCGCAGUUAAGAAAAGAGUGAUUAACUGUGUUUUUAUUCUUAUUCAUGUGCUUCCUUUUAAUGUUAGGAAUUCAAAGCAAAUGUUCUUUCCUUAAUCUUAUAACAUUCUGUUUCAGGAAGUAGAAGAAUGUUAACUUCAUUUUGCAAAAAAAAAAAAAAAAAAACCCAAAA